CUCGUCCGUCCGUCUGUCGGCCGACCGUUCAGUUCACAUGCGGUUCGACUCGCGCGUUGUGCUGUCUGACGUCGACAUUUCGUUGCGUACUUACGCCACUCAUUGUCACCGACAAUAUAAAUAAUAUUAUAUCGUUCACGAUAGUAAUACUAAACGUAUAUAUAACAAUACGUUAUCGUGUAUUUCUCUUCAGUACCCAUUUCAUAUCGUAAAAUAUUAAAUCGUUCACUGUCGCUCGUUCGACUCGACUUGUAUACCGCGGCGUUUCCGAUUCGUUACGUUUCGUUUUACGUGGUUUUUUUUUUUUUUGAAACCGAAACUAUCAGAUGUUCUUAUUGUAAUUAUUAUUUUUUGACGACGGGCAAACGCGGUACUCAACGCACAUUUCAUUUACGAACGGACGAUAUCCAUCAUUACCCGCGUAAUAUAAUAUAAUAUACGCUGUACAGAAGACCGGGCCACGCGUUGAUUUAGCGCUUUUGUUGUAAACAACUUACAGCUGAAUAAUACGACGAUCAUAUUAUAAUAAUAAUAAUACGAAAAAAAAAUGGCAGAAUCUUUCAUCCGAACAAUCGUCACCAUCGUCUUCGAUCGAACGACGGAAGCGGCGUAGAUCCUCGAGUAUCGGACGGUGUCGUUCGUUGUGUGGUUUUCUUCAUUUGUUCGUCAACGUUGAAAGAGAAAUUGUGAUAAAAUAUGCAAAGUAUUAUAUUCGAUUAUGCAGUAUUUCUACUGCUGAUUGCGUUGUCAUUCGCAGUAUUAAUUUAUAGUAAAAUAUCCGGCCCCAAAGAACAGACGAAAGCGGACUAUGUGUUCGCGUCGAAAGGGUCGGUUUCGAUGGGAGCGAUGCUCCUAUCCAUUGCACGUGGAUUUCUGGGUGUCAAAGUCUUCCUCGGGUAUCCGUCCGAAUUUUACUAUAGAGGAAGUGGAAUGUGGGAAACCCUGUACGGAAUGUCCCUAGCAUUCCCUUUGGUUUUAUAUUUUUUCCUACCGGUAUAUUUCAAUCUCGGAAUUACUUCAGUUUAUCAGUACUUAGAUAUGCGAUUCAAAUCAAGACUCGUGAGGAGGCUUGCGUCUGCUACAUAUUUUAUUAGAAGUAUACUUAACCUUGGCGUAACAGUUUUCACACCGUGCGUUGCCUUAAAAACUGUGAUGGGAUUGCCUUAUUGGUUUUCAAUCAUCUUAAUUACAUCCAUUGCCAUUGUUUUCACAGUACUGGGAGGUCUGAGAUCAGCUAUCCUUGCAGACGCCGUACAGAGUUUAGUGAUGAUCGGUUGCAGCAUAGUGAUCAUUAUUCACGGAUUCUUUAUAGCUAAAGGUCCACUAAAUGUAUUCGAAGUGACCAAGGAACGGGACAGGCUGGACUUCUUCAAUUUCAACAUGGACCCCACGCUUCGUGUGUCGACCGUGUCCGCCACUCUUGGUCAGCUGUUCAUGUCACUUUCCAUGUUCGGAUGCCAACAAAAUUUCGUUCAACGCUACUUUAGUAUGGACUCUCAGAAACAAGUUGAAAAGGCUUUGUGGCUGACCAUACCGUUGAUGAUAUUCCUCUUCAGUCUAUCGUGGAUUGUCGGUAUGGUAAUAUUCACGGUGUACGCUGAUUGCGAUCCUCGAGCACUUGGAUACAUAUCGGAGAUCGACGAGAUCAUACCUUUUUACAUUGAAGACAGAUUUUACUUUUUGCCGGGUUUCAUGGGACUCGUAUUGGCCAGCUUAUUCAACAGUGGACUCAGUAUAUUAGUGUCCAACUUAAACUCAAUUUCCACUGUUGCUUGGGAAGAUUUUAUCUCUCAAAUACCAAUAUUCAAAGGUGCCAGUGAAAAGAACCAAUUGUGGUGCAUUAAAAGCAUAAGUGUAAUAACUGGUUUUAUAGUUAUGGGUGUUGCGUUUAUUGUCGCACAAUCUUCAGGUGUUAUUGAUGCUUCUCAGCUAAUGACGUCCGCAACUAGUGGACCUCUUUUAGGAGUUUUUGUUUUAGCUAUGUUUUUCCCAUCGACGAAUUGGAAAGGUGCUGCUGCUGGUAUGAUAUCUAGUCACUUGAUGACCCUGUUUAUUGUACUUGGAUCGUUAUCUAUCGCCAAAGAACCUAAUUAUCUGCCAGUGUCCACUGAAGGGUGUACGAAUACGACGUUCUCGCCACACAUUGAGCCGAUUUUUGAUAUCCAGUAUAAUCAAUACAAAAUGAGCUUUUUGAAUAAAACCCACGACGAAAUUUCCAGUGUCCUGUCGACGCCUGAAGUCGAAUCGUCCUCCACAGACGAUAUACUGACAAUGUUGUACUCGAUAACGUAUAUGUACUACUCAUUAUUGGGCACAUUUGUAACAGUCUUCAUCGGUGUCAUAGUCAGCUACAUGACAGACCUGUGGAGCAAAGAAGAGACGACCAACGAGGACCUGUUGCACCCGAUGAGCCUGAAAGUCAAGUCCAUGUGCACCGGAGAGAAACAGCGGUACGUCACCGACGGCAAGCACAACAACGGUCCCAGCACGCUGCCGAUGACCAACGAGGCGCAGCCCACGCCGCUCUCGAGCGUUUUCACCGUCAAGUCUAACUCGCCCUCGUAACCGUGUGCCCUAUUUUACAACUUAGGUGCCUAUGUGCAAUAAUGAUAAUAUUAUGUAAAAUAAUAAUAUAUACAAUGACCGUGCGCGUACGUCAACCACAUAAUAUUAUUAUAUCAUGCACAUAGAACGAUUGCAGUCUUCUUUGUAUUAUUCCUGUGCCUACAUCAUAAAAUAAUAAUAUAUUUAAUGUUAUAAUAACGAAAUUUUAUAUUGAUAAAAUAAUAAUUAUACGAUACAAUAAUUAGGUUUAGGUAUAGGCGAUGUAUUAUAUUAUGAUAACUGUUAAUGUUAUAAUUUAGACGCGACCAACACCGAAUUUUCCCGACCCAUUCCCCCACCUCAACCACCUCCCCGAACCAGUGAUAAUAUUAUACUAUACAAUUAUUAUUAAAUAGACAGUAUUAUAAUAUUAUUUAAUAUUCAGGCACGCGUGCGUUCAUGCUCUAAGACGUAUCGUAGCUAGAAGUUAUGGGUUAUCCCAAAUAUCCCAUAGUAUGGUUAUAGGUAGUGUAUAUUGUAUAGUAUUAUAGUGUGUCAAGUGAUUUAAUUACGUGGGUAAAUCAUUUU